UCUGGCGCCAUUGAUUUAGUCUUCUCUCUGUGACUACAAAGUACCCAUUCGUUGAAACCAUUUUCUUCCCAUUUUCGAUUUCUGUCAAAAUCCAACGACCUCCACAAUCUCCCAAAAACUCUUUCUUGAGUAAGUUUCUUGAUCUUAAAAAAAAACAAACCAUCUCAAAGAAUGGCACGACAUGAUCCUAAUCCAUUUGCUGAUGAAGAGAUCAAUCCUUUUGCGAAUAAUACAAGUGUUCCUCCUGCGAGCAACUCUCAUCUCAAGCCACUUCCACCGGAACCUUAUGAUCGUGGUGCAACCAUUGAUAUCCCUUUGGAUUCUGGCAAUGAUCUUCGAGCUAAAGAGAUGGAACUUCAGGCUAAGGAGAACGAAUUGAAGCGGAAAGAGCAGGAGCUUAAAAGAAGAGAGGACGCAAUAGCGCGAACUGGGGUUGUCAUUGAAGAGAAGAAUUGGCCGGAGUUUUUCCCCAUAAUUCAUCAUGACAUUCCAAAUGAGACUCCAAUUCAUCUACAGAACCAAUACGUCGCAUUCACCACAUUGUUAGGUUUAGUAGGAUGCCUCUUGUGGAAUAUUGUGGCAGUAACUGUAGCUUGGAUCAACGGAGGAGGUCCUACUAUAUGGCUCCUCUCUAUCAUCUAUUUCAUUGCUGGGGUACCUGGAGCUUAUGUCUUAUGGUACCGUCCUCUUUACCGAGCUACCAGAACUGAUAGUGCCCUGAAGUUUGGAACCUUUUUCUUGUUUUACGUGUUUCACAUCGCGUUCUGCGGCUUUGCUGCAGUUGCUCCACCAGUCAUCUUCCAAGGAAAGUCCCUCACAGGUUUCUUGCCAGCAAUCGAGCUUCUAACUACUAAUGCUGCAGUAGGGAUAAUGUAUUUCAUUGGUGCUGGGUUCUUCUGCAUCGAAACACUUCUCAAUAUCUGGGUCAUUCAGCAAGUAUAUGCAUACUUCCGAGGGAGUGGCAAAGCUGCAGAGAUGAAGCGUGAAGCUACAAAAUCGACCUUGAUGCGUGCACUAUGA